AUGUCCACCAAUUUAUCUGAAGUUGCAAAGCUUCUACAUACCAAAAUGAUUCAAACAAAUGCACAGAAACAAUAUAGUGUUGAAGAACUUUUAAAAAUGUCCAAAAUUGAAAAAGAAACAGAAUUAAUGGUACAUUUACAAGAAUUAAUGAAUUUAAAAUUAAUAAAAUUAAGUAAAGUUGGAACUGAUUUAAGAUUUCAACCAAUAAGUAUUGGAGAAUCUGAAAAAAUUAGAAAUAUGAAUGAUGAUGAAGCAAUGAUUUAUCUGUAUAUUGAAGCAAGUGCAAGAGAAGGUAUAUGGACAAAGACAUUAAAAGCUAAAACUAAUUUACAUCAACAUAUUGUUAAUAAAUGUUUAAAAAAUUUAGAAACUCAAGGAUAUAUAAAAUCUAUAAAAUCAGUAAAACAUCCAACAAGAAAAAUUUAUAUGUUAUAUCAUUUGCAACCAAGUAUUGAUGUUACUGGAGGUCCAUGGUUUACUGAUUCUGAAUUAGAUACUGAAUUUAUAAAUACUUUAUUGCAUGUAAUAUGGUUAUUUAUAGUUAAACAAACUUUCCCACUGAGUAAACAAUUUCCAAAUUUAAAUCCAUUACAAUCAUCAUUUACUAAAUCAAGUUUUAUUGGAGUUGAUUUAGAUUCCAUAUUAAAUUAUAUAAAUACAAGUGAUGUAACAAGUGUUGAAUUAGAAUUAAAAGAUGUAAAUGCAUUAUGUGAUGUUUUAAAAUUUGAUGAUAAAAUUGAAGAAGUUGAAACAGGUUAUAGGAGUGUAUAUAAAGCAACAAGACAAAGUAUUAAUGAAGCUGGAUUAACUAAAAAUAUAGAUGAUAUUAAAGAUCUAAUUCCAGAAUCUAAUAGAGAAUAUCUAAUUAAAAAUAAAACUUUUAGUAUUUUUGAUUUUAAAAAUGUUGAAAAUGUUGAUAUUGAUGAUAAUAAUGAUAAUAAUGAUGAUAAUGAAUUUAAAGAUGAUGUAUAUUUGGAUAGCUUUUUGAAUGUUUAA